AUGGAGGCGGUGGGGGCGGCCCCAAGCUGUCGGGAGGUCUUCGGCGGGUCCGUGGUUCCCUGGGAGCGAGCCUGCAGCGUGCUCUCCCGUCUCCGCUCCAGCUUCCGGGGCCACCGAGCCCAGCCUUCCCUCCACCGGCGAAUGUAUGUGUACGAGAGGCCGGACAGCGCCCCCUGCGGCCCGGAGGGCUCAGUUGCCCCGCGAGGAGGGGGCGGCGCGGAGACCAGCCUGCGGGAAGGGAGAAGGCGGAGCGAGGAGAGACACCGGGACCCCCAGGAGCCCGAGACUCAGAGAGAUGGGCAGGGACCUGAUCAGGGACCCAGGUUCAGCCUGACCACUCAUGGAGACAGAGAUACGGGGACUCGGAGGUCGAGAAACGGAGUGACGUGGCUUAGAGACCCAAAGCUUCCCGGCCCGCUGCCUCUGGUACCCACGAGAACGGGAGGAUUGGCCCCGUGGAGCCGCCGUCAUUCCGGGGCUCACGUGGGCGCCCGCCACGCCUCCUCGUUUCCUGGCAACCACUCCUGCCCCGCCCGGUCUCCAGCGGUCGCUGGCGCGCGGCGAUGGCGUCUCCGUGACGUCAUCGCCGCGCGCCGCCCGGACACCGGCUGGGAGCACUGGCCGCGGCCGCUGGUCCGGGCGGGUGCCCUCGCCUCCGGUGGGUUGGGAGGGCGCGCGUGGGCUGCACGGCGGGGCCCUGGCCGGCCACGGACGGAGGCCCGGAGCCGCAUCCCCGAGGGAGGGCGUGUAGGAGACCCCUUGCUGGUCUUAGCCGCCCUCGUUCUAGUCAUAUGCGAACCUCACGACCACCCUGGGAGGGUCGCCAUGACGACAUCCAAGCCAAAGAGAAUUAAGUUUUCUGAGGAAGAGAAGAUUGUGAUCUUGGAAGAGUUCAGCCUGCGGAAGGACAUCCUCAUCCCCAAGACUGGCCGCUACCGCAACACGACGGACCGGCAGCAAGCCUGGGAGGAGAUCACGAUGGCCGUAAACUCACUGAACCCCCUUGUGCAGCGAACACCCGAAGAGGUCCGCAAAAAGUGGAAGAACAUGAUCCUUGAUGCCCGCAAGGAGCUGGCCACUGCAAAGCACCCCCUCCUCCGGCGGCGCCCCCAGGAGCGCCUCUUCCAUAAUAUCUUUGCCCUCUUCAACAAGACAGGCUCCGAGCUCCCUGAGCCGCUGUUCACAGCGGGCUCUGGCUUUCGGACUAAAGGUCCCACUAGCCCCUCGGGGCCUGCCUGCAAGGUGGAAGGCUUUCUGGACCCUGUCUCCAACUUGGUGCUCCGGCCCCAGGGUGGUGGUAUUGAGCCCAGCCAGGAAAGGGAAAGUCUCUGUCCAGUUGAGGUGGGCAGAAAACUAGACUCGUGGCCUGAGGUCACAGGGAAGAGCCUCCUCACACCCCCUGUGGAGGUUCAGGCCCGAUUCAAGGAGGACACUCUAACUGAAGAUGCCUCCGACUAUGGUGAAAAGAGGCUGCUAGACCCGCUGAAGGACUUGCCUCUACACUGUGAGCCUGUGCCCCAGGUGCAUCCCGCCACAGCUGGCGGGGCAGUGUCACCAGAAGGUCCAUCCGAGGACCUGCCCCACCUCUGCACUUUGCCAGUGCCAACAAGCCCAUCCCCAGACCCAGCUCUGACUUAUAAGAUUAAAUGCCCUGUCAGUCCUUUGCUAGACUGGCCCUGUUUGGGAGUCAGCACGAGUCCCGUGACACCCAGCGGCCGCUUGGACACUCUGAGCACGGAAGGAAUCCCCACAGCCGUGAGCAGCAAUGUGAGUGUCUCAGUGGUGACUGCAGAGGAGGACUUGCUGCCCGGGCCCCGGCCCAGCGAGGAGGGGCUCCCAGAGAAGGAUCCUGGGGAGCUGGCCAAGCAGAACCGCCUGCAGACAGAGAUACUGGAGCUGCAGAAGGAGACGCUGCAGCUGCAGAAGGAGAAGAUUCUCCUGGAAAAGGAGAAACUGGUCCUGGAGAUUGUCAAGCUGCGGCGGGAGCUGGGCACCUGAGCAGCCUGCCCCUGCCCGCCUGCCGCCCACAGCCUGAACUCCUGGGGAGAAGAUCCCAGAGCCCAGGCACCUGCCCAUGCCCAGAGGCCUUCUCCUUCCCAGUGCCUAUGUGGGCCGCCCAGGCCAAGCCUCCACCUCUUCCUCCUCCUCCUCCUCCUCCUCUCAUGGCACUCAGCAGUUCUACCCCCAUUCUGGGGCAGAGGGCAGGCUUCCUGUGGCCUACUCCUAGAAGGAAGCCCUGGGUGUACUGCUGAGUUGGGCUGGGAAGGGUGUUUGAGGCUCCCAGCCCAGACUUUGCCUCUCGGAGUGGAGUGCUGCCUGGGCCAUGUGGGGUCAGAAACCUGAAGCAAGAGUUCAGAGCCUUUCAGCAGGUCCCAGGGGUGGGGAUGAGGGCGUGUGGCCUAGGCUCCCAGCCGGCACUCUCCCCCAGCUCCGGAGGUCCAGAGUUCAGGCCCCUCCACUGGAUGUAGGUCAAAUUAACAAGGACAUACUUCUCAGGCCCCAUCUGUGUGCUAAGGGGCCAUGGAACCCUGUGCCAGAAGCCCUGGCCUGUUUGUUCUCCGCUGUCAGAGGAGUAAAAGCAUCCACGUUUCCUUAUC